GAAGCCAGAGCUGCUCUCCCCUCGUCAGUCUUUCCUCCGCUCACCAUCAUGCUGCAGAGUUCUGCUGGAACUCUGGGCCGACCAGGCUUCUGGCUGCAGGUCAUUGUGUGUAUCCUGUUGUUUUGUGUGACACCUGGAGCUCUUCACCCCCAGUGUUUGGAUUUUAAGCCGCCUUUCCGUCCAGACACAGAUCUGGAGUUCUGCAUCAUGUACCGAGAGUUUGGUUGUUGCGAUGGCCAGAAGGACCAGGAACUCAUGGCUAGAUAUUACCGGAUCAUGGAAAACUUGACUGAGAGGGGCCAUAAGAACUGUGCAGGCUUCGUGUUGGAGCUGCUCUGCCAGGAGUGUUCACCGUUUGCAGCUCACCUGUUUGAUGCUGAGGAUCCCACCACCCCACUCCGGACCAUCCCAGGCCUCUGCCCCGACUACUGCUCCCAGUUCUGGAACCAGUGCCACCCAAUCAUACCGUUCCUGUCCGAUCACCCACCUUUAAAUCAGGCCAAAGACGAUCAGAAUCGUUUCUGCAAACUUCUACAGCUGGAUGAUGCUGAUUACUGUUAUCCUAACUUACUCAGCAAUCAUAAGCUGAACCAGAACCUGGGCCGGGUUCAGAAAGAUUCUGAUGGUUGUCUGCAACUAUGUCUGGAAGAGGUGGCAAAUGGUUUGAGGAACCCUCUGGCUAUGGUUCACGCCAAUGAUGGUACACAUCGGUUCUUUGUUGCAGAGCAGGUGGGGCUGGUAUGGACUUACCUCCCUGACCGAUCCAAGCUGGAGAAGCCAUUUCUGAACAUCACCAAGGCUGUGCUGACAUCAUCGUGGGAGGGAGAUGAGAGAGGCUUCCUUGGAAUCACGUUUCAUCCCAAAUACAAAUACAAUGGCAAAGUGUAUGUGUACUACUCAGUGGAGGUUGGCUUUGAUGAGAGAAUAAGGAUAAGUGAGUUCAAGGUGUCGACCAAUGACAUGAAUCUGGUGGACCACACGUCAGAGCGAGUAAUUCUGGAGAUCGAUGAACCAGCGUCCAAUCAUAAUGGAGGGAUGCUGCUCUUUGGAGAUGAUGGCUACCUGUACAUUUUCACAGGAGAUGGUGGAAUGGCAGGAGAUCCAUUUGGAAAGUAUGGGAAUUCCCAGAACAAGUCUGUCCUGUUGGGUAAAGUUCUUCGAAUUGAUGUGGAUAACAACGAGAAAGGUCCGCUGUACAGAAUUCCCUCAGACAACCCAUUCAUCCAUGAGCCUGGCGCACGCCCAGAGGUAUACGCUUACGGGGUCCGUAACAUGUGGAGGUGCUCGGUGGACCGGGGAGAUCCACAAACCAAAGAGGGGAAGGGUCGGAUCUUCUGCGGGGAUGUCGGCCAGAACAAGUAUGAAGAAGUUGACAUCAUCGAGAAAGGUUGUAACUAUGGCUGGAGAGCAAAAGAGGGAUUCUCCUGCUAUGAUAAGAAGCUGUGCACCAACAGCUCACUAAAUGACGUGCUGCCCAUUUACGCCUACCCUCAUAAGAAGGGCAAGUCGGUGACAGGAGGAUACGUGUACCGUGGCUGUGAACACCCCAACCUCAACGGCAUGUACAUAUUUGGAGACUUCAUGAGUGGGCGUCUGAUGAGCCUAAAGGAGACAAACUCUGGAGAGUGGAAGUAUCAUGAAAUCUGCAUGGGAAUGGGCCUGACAUGUGCCUUUUCUGGACUCAUCAACAACUACUAUCCAUAUAUCAUCUCCUUCGCUGAAGAUGAAUCUGGCGAGCUGUACUUCAUGUCCACAGGAACACCGAGCGCCACGGCUCCUUCAGGAGUCAUUUAUAAAGUGGUAGAUCCGUCAAGACGUGCUCCACCAAGACGUUGCCACUACGAACCUCUUCCUGUCAGAGUCAGAAGUAACCUCAUCCAGUUUGUUCCACAGGAAACUUUGAUUGGGGUUGAAUUGCCAGCCGAAAACACGUCUAAAGCCGAACCUACAAGGACCUACGACUGGCUUAUGGACCUCCUGGAUCGUCUCAGUGAAAGAGGACAAGUCCAGACCACCCCUGCUCCGAUUACAACCACGAGAUCACCCCAAAGUCCAAAGAGGAAAGGCCGCGGUCGGAAGGGGAAAGGCAGGUCCAGAAGCAUGUCUGAGCUUCACAAUGGAGCAGUAAGACUGGUCAGGGAUGAAUUCUUGCAUGGAGACCGUGGACGGGUGGAGAUCUUCGUUCACGGGGAAUGGGGUACCGUGUGUGAUGACUUGUGGUCAAUGAAGAAUGCUGAGGUGGUCUGCAAACAGCUGGGAUUCAAGUAUGCCUUAAAAGCAGCCAGGAAUGCUGAAUUUGGAGAAGGAAAGGGACUGCGGAUUCUCCUGGAUGAUGUUCAUUGCAAUGGCACAGAGUUCAACCUGCUGAACUGCACACAUGCUGGAGUGGGGAACCAUAACUGUGCCCACUAUGAAGACGCUGGAGUGAUCUGUGGAAACUCAAAACCCUCUGCAGAAUCCUAGAAGUUGGCAGCAGAAAUAGAAAAAUACUUCAAACUAACCAAACUAAGUGCUAAAAUCUGAAAACCUUGUAACACAACAUACCCUCCAAAGUUCAUUAAAGGGAAGAAAUUCUUAUCAAGUUAUGAGAAAAUGCUUUGAAUUGUCAAAUUGCAGCUUGUUCAGCAGAAUAAAUUCAUAUCAAGUCAUCUUGAGGUUUUAGAUGGAAUAAAAUAUAUGGAUUCAGUUCAUUUUUUCUUUUACUUUAUUGAACGUGCCAAAUUACAAUAAAAUUACAACAAUGCAAAAACAAACAUUCAAAGCAGUGGUUUGAAGUAUAACCUUAUUAAAAGCCAUUCCCAGGGCAUGUUGUGAGGGGAAAGCACAACCCACAUUUGGAGGCCUUGAGAGUCUUCAGUGUGGCCGUCACGGGUUUGAUUCCCUGACCCUACGAUAUUUGCUGCAUGUCUUCCCCCUUCCUGUCACCCUACUAUCACAGAAAGACACAAAAAAAAACCUAGAGGGGAAAAAAAAUCCAGUCCUCCAGCAACAUCACAAAUGAUUUCAUCUUGUUUAAAUUAUACUAGUACAUUUUCAUUCUACUUCCUGAUUCUUGAUUAAUGCAAUACAUCCAGUGAUAUGCUAGUGGCUCUAAUAGUAUUAACUAUAAAAUAUUAAUGUUGAUGCUAACAAAGAUGUAACAACAUAAUACAUCAACACAGUUUCUCAUUUAGUGUAAGCCAUUUUCUUAUACAAAAGUUUGAAUUGUUUAAUGUUUGAACAUAUUUUAUUCCAAAGAGUUUCAUAGUUUCACACCAGAGACUGAAACUUCACGUGGUUCUGAUCUUACAAAACUUUGAAUUUGUAUUUUUCUCAAAUUUUAAAAUCUUUCUUUUGAAAACAAUUUUUACAUGUUUUCUGGUAAUUGUUGAUUUUGUGUUUUAAAUAAGACACACAUUGUAAAUUCAACAAAUCAGUAAGUUUUACUAAUCUAGAAUGUGUAAAUAAUGGAUUUGUGUCAUCCAGGUAGCCGACCAUAUUCAUUCUUAUUGUCCUUUUUUGCAGUUUAAUGAUUGUAAUGAGUUUGCAUUAUUAUUGCCCCAUACUGAAGUUGGGUAAAACAUUCAGUCCAAGACAUUCAUCUCAUAAAUGCACUACGCUGAUAUCCACCUUAAAUCCACUGACUGUACAAACGUGAUCAUUCAUAUCUGGGAUGUUGUCGAUAAGCAGCUCUUGUUUCAAUGUUUUAAAAGUAACUAAAGAGGAAAAACAAGCAACUGCAUCGACCAUGUUGAAAUCAUUUUCUAAUGUUUCAGAUCUUAGAAUAAAAUGCUACUAAAUA